GGGGGCACUUCCUCAGCCAAUACUGGAUUUUACCUCGCUAAAAGCAAGGCAGUUUUUACUUGGAGAAGCACUGGGUCCUGAGUUCAUUACUACUACAGGAAAACUGUUCAUUCUGCAGCACAAAAUUUUGUUCCCUAGCAGAGCUGCCAGCUCAGUGUUGCAGUUGGGUAAAGGAUGGCAUCCUAUGUCCUGCAGAUAGCCGGACUGGUGCUUGGUGGUAUUGGCAUGGUUGGGACACUGGCUGUCACCAUCAUGCCCCAGUGGAGAGUGUCAGCCUUCAUUGGAAGCAACAUAGUGGUUUUUGAAAACCUCUGGGAAGGACUAUGGAUGAACUGCAUGAGGCACGCUAACAUCAGAAUGCAGUGCAAAGUCUACGAUUCUCUGCUGGCUCUUUCUCCAGACCUACAGGCAUCCAGAGGACUGAUGUGCGCUGCGUCUGUGUUGUCCUUCUUGGCUUUUACGACAGCCAUCCUCGGCAUGAAGUGUACCAGACUGACUGGGGACGAUGACAGUGUGAAGAGUCGCAUCCUGUUGAUCUCCGGGAUCCUCUUCAACAUCACAGGCACUGUGGUGCUCAUCCCUGUGUCCUGGGUGGCUAAUUCCAUCAUCAGAGACUUCUACAACCCAGUAGUGGAUCCUGGCCAGAAACGUGAGCUCGGAGAAGCCCUGUACAUAGGCUGGACCACAGCGCUGGUGCUGAUUGCUUCAGGGGGACUGUUUUCUUGUGUUUUUUGUUGCACAGAAAAGAGCAGUAGGUACAGAUAUUCUGUACCAUCCCAUAGGACCACUCAGAAGAGUUUUCAUAUGGAAAAGAAGUCACCAAGCAUCUAUUCCAAAAGUCAGUAUGUGUAGUUGUCUGUGUUUUUACCUUUAAGCAUAAAACCGUGCAAAUGACUAAAAUGUUCAUGUCUUUCUACAACUAGAACUCAAAGGACUGUUAAUUUGGCUUCCUCAACUGCCUAGCAUUAAUUACAGGAACCAUCAUUUAUGAUCUAUAAGCUGUUUCAGUCGAGUGAGAUAUUAUACACACUGCUUUCGUUGUUCUAGGAAGUACGAGAGUUUGUUUUCUAAAAUGGUUUAUGCAUCUCUUCCUUGUAUUAGUUACUUCAAAAUGACUUUGCUAAAGACUUAUUUUACAGCUGUGAUUUCUCUGUGUCAUCGCAUUAUGCGUGUAGAUGAGCAUGAUGUUUAUAUCUCACAGAGAGACCAGCUUAUAUGGUUCGAUUUAGAAUGAAAUACUGAUCCAUUACACUGAAUAAAUACAAAUCAACUUUUGCUUUUCAAGGGAACCAGGAAAAGACUGAAGAAGGUUAGUAUUAAUUGUUUAAAAAGAGCUUAGGGACUAAUGCACUCCAUUUAUAAUGAAGGUUAAAAUGAAGGCUUUAGUCAGCAGUGUAAAGGGAACUAAAUGGCUUUCUGAUGUCCCUGUUUUUCAGCACAGGAAUUAGAAAUCCUAACUCCUUUAUCUUCUUUCCCAGGAGGUUUUUCCCUUCUUGUAUAUUAAAUUAACAUGUUUUAAAAAAUAGAUAUUUCCUCAAGGGACAUUAUAUUUAAUCUACUUUUC